AUGGAAGUCAUUCCCUACACGUUGGCUGAAAAUGCCGGUCUAAACCCUAUCCAGACUGUUACCGAGCUCCGUUCUCGUCAUGCAAACGGAGAGGUGAAUGCUGGCAUCAACGUGCGAAAGGUAAAAUUAGUGUGCGCAUUUUCCCGAAAUGUGUUCCACGCACUCUUGUUGGGCCGCGUACUUGAUUGCCCACCCUGUUUUCUCACCAGUUACUCCAAAUUUCUCUCAUUUAGGGUUUUGUCACCGACAUGAUCGCCGAAAAUGUCCUGCAGCCGCUUCAAGUUAGCCACAGUGCGAUUACUCUCGCCACAGAAACCGUGCGCAGUAUCCUGAAAAUUGAUGAUGUGGUAACUAACAACUUUUACUUUCUUUUGUCUCUUGUAGGACUGAUCUCACGUUAUGACUUCCCAGUAAUAUGUUUGGGUCUCGUUUUUCAUCGGUGGCGUCUUCCCGACUGUUGUCCUUGUCCUGCAGCCCGAACUAAGUUCGAAUUACCAUACUAGAUAUUUUCUUUGUGUCUGCUAGCGCGCGUAUCAGUUAAAGGCGUUAAGCCGAAAAAUACAAUCUACUUUUCUAAUUUGCCAGAAGUAAGCCGAGCUGGAUGUCCAUUGUAACGAAAAUGUCGGGAGUUUCACACUCUUGUUGGAUCGUUAGUUUUAAAUUUGCCACUGGUCGGGCGUACGUGGACCGACGUUUCGACCUGCGGCGAUGCGCUGUUCACGCAGAUUCACGGGACAGAAACGCCCACUUGCAAUGCGUCUGGUUUAUAUCUCAACCUCUAGCUUUGCGGUGGGCUUUUUCAACGCUUUCAUUUAUAAAUCUACAUUUUAGGUCUGAAUUACACAUAGGUUUGUUUCGCAGUUUGUUUAGUUAGAGGUUCAUUGACUUUUGGGCUUUCUCCACGUUGCUGUUUUGAACUUUCUCUUCUCUUUAGAUCAGCGCUGUUCGGACUUGA